CCUCAUGAUCUGCACCAAAACCUUGAAUCAAACGCAGCCUGAAGACCUGAGGGGGGGGGGGGGAGGGACCCAGACCUCAGGGGGUCAACACGUGGUCUGAGGACCUGUGAGGGGACGCCUGAAGGCCUCUCCUUGUUUUCCACCUGAAAACCCAACGUCUUCCUCAGCUUUAGCUCAAAUAUAAACCCUGAGCUCUGGGUGCUUCUGGUCUGCAGACGAUGGCGCCUCCUUCCUCCAACUCCAGUGAUGGAGGAGAACAAUGCAUCGUGAACGACCAGAUGGGACCCUUCACCGUCCUCUACACCCUCGUCUUCAUCAUCAGCGUUCCUGGAAACCUGCUGUCUGUGUGGAUCUUCAUCCGCAGCCGCAGAGUCAAGCAGCGCAGCCUCAGUGUGUAUCUUCUGAACCUGCUGCUCUCCGACCUCCUGCUGCUCCUCGCCCUCCCCUUUAAGAUCCUGAAGGACGGGGGGGCAGCUCCGUGGAGCCUGAAGGUGUUUCACUGCCAGGCCAGCGCCGUCACGCUCUACAUCAGCCUGUACGCCUCCAUCGCCUUCCUCGCCUUCAUCAUCACCGACUGCUACCUGCAGGACUGCACCUCGCUGCGCUCCAUGUGGCUGCAGGGGGUGGGCUUCUCCUGGCUGGUGUCUGUGGUGGUCUGGAUGCUGCUGCUCCUCAUCAUGGUGCCAAACAUGGCUCUGCCCAUUCAGCACGUUCAGGAGCAGCGUUUCCUCAGCUGUUCGUCUCUGAAGAAGGGCAUCAGCCUCCACUGGCACGCGUUGACCGUGGUCCUCUGCACAGCGCUGUUCCUGAACGCCUCGUUCUCCGUGCUGCUCUCCAGCUUCCUGGCUCUCCGGAGGCUCCUUGGCAGCUGCAGAGACCCCCUGCUGAGGGCAGAUGCCCGGCGGGCGGCGGUCAGCGUGACGGCCGUGGCGUUGGCGUACAUCGUGGGCUUCGUUCCGUACCACGUGGUGCGAGCUCCGUACACUCUGACGCAGACUAAAGUCAUCACUGAGUGCAGCGUCAGGAGGAAGCUGUUCCUGGGGAAGGAGGCCACGCUGCUGCUGAGCGUCCUGCAUCUCUGCUUCGACCCGCUCAUCUUCUAUUACCUCCAUGAGCCUUUCAGACAGACGGUAAGCAACAUGAUGCCCUGCUGGAGGAAGAAGAGGAGCGAGGAAGAGGAAGAGGAAGAGGAAGAGGGAAAGGCUGCAGAAGAAGAGGCUGCAGAGGGAAAGGCUACAGUCGAACAAGAUCUUCAAACUACUUUGAUUUGACCUAAAACAUGAUCUUUAUAGACAAUAUAUUUGAUCAUAUUUUUAUAUUGCUGUGCCUAAAUAUUCCCCUGAAGGAGUCUUUGUAAAGUACUGACUCUCGAAUGGUGGCACCAAGUCUGGCUGCAGUUUUUAUAUUUCAGUUUGUACUGUAUUUAACUCACCAAAAGCACAUGAUUUAAAGGUCCCCUAUUAUACUGUUGUUCAUCAAUAUAUCACAGGUCUCAGAUAUAUACAGAACAUGUCUCUGAUUGGCUGAAACACCAAACAGAUCAUU